AUGUUGGGAUCGAACGUCGAUGGUCCAAAGUAUAAUUUCUCGGAGGGUGUAGGCGCCACUCAGAUAGAUUUGCAACUAGAUGCGCCUAGCAAGGAAUCUGGAACCAUUUAUCAUGAUAAUCAGGAUGUAGGUUACUCUAGUAUUGCAUCUAUCGAAACUCAGCCCACCCUUCGCUAUAAUUCGGGUUUGCAUCAUUCUCACUCAAUUGACUAUUCUUAUGAUUUGGAUAAAAUCUCUACAUCAUAUAAUCCUUUGUUUAGUGGUUCGUAUAGCUUCGAAAAUGCUGAACAAUACACUGCCGCUCCGAUAGAUUCUGCGCAACCUGACUUUCCUCCCACUUCUGAGCAACAGGAUGUUGCAGAAAAUGCUCCAGAGGAAAAGGUUGAAGGUGAGGAAAACUCUUCCGAGGGAUGUGUAGAUGUUAAAGAUACUAAUCCGUCGGUCGAUACAACAAACUUCAAUAAUCCUGUCUAUGGUCCAGAUGGUUUAGUAAAACAAACAAAUAAAGUUAUAGCUGUCAACCCUGUGAUUUUGGUAGACAAGGUUGAGCGCUCUUUAAUCGUUCAGUGGUAUGAGAAUGAUAUUAAAAGAGAGCAAAGAAUAUCCUAUAAGAAGUAUGGAAAUGCCAAGGCUCAACAGAGAGCUGAAGGUUUGAUAAGUAAACUAUUGGCAGGUUCCACUUUUGACCAAUUAUAUCCCGAAAAGGGCCCACCAAUCUUGACCAUAUUUGAAAAUGCUGGGAAAUACAUGGUAUCUCUUACUAGAGACAGAAUUAUGAGAGAGUGGAGAGUAGAUUGGACAAAUGGAAAUGGAUCUAAGAUGCGCGCUAGGUGGUCAUGUAAGAAAGUUGGUAAUGAAGAGGCGAAAAAGAGGGCUGAAACAUUUGCCUACAGCUUAGUGCAAGGGACUUUUAACCCCCGUUUGUUACAUAAGGCCACUGGAACCCGUCUAUCUAAAAAUGAUAUGAAAUAUAAUGGCAUGAUUAAAAAUAUGGAAUCUGUAAGUAAGUUACAACAGUCUGUAACACUUUCAGAGGGACAUGAUAAAGUAUCGGAAAAUGCUUGGCAAUCCACUGUUCCAAGCAAGCGUAGGUCUAAAAAACGCAGUAUCAGGACGGAUACUGAGACCAAGAGAACAAGACGUAGGAAGAAGUCAGUUGUUCCUCAAGUUAACGAUGGUUCACAGUACAACUCACAGUGCUAUCCAUAUAUGAACGUUUGUCAUGAUGGUAAUUUUACCCAGCAAUACUACCAGUUCUAUCCAGAAGAUUGUGAAACCUCAUCUUCUAUGAAUCCUCAAUGUGAUGUGAUUAACUAUAAUUCUCAGCAAAUGCUGCAGCAAAGUUGGGUUGAUUGGAAUGGGAAUAAUAUGCGCAAGAUGGUUGGUUAUGGAAGGGAAUGGGACUAUAAUAGUAACCCAGUAGAUUUCCAGUAUUUUUCUCAAUCCUCACAAAAUGCAUUAUCUCAAAAUAGCAUUAAUUCUGGUGACUGGCUUAGUCAAAGUUAUAUGAAUAUGUACAUGCAACAAGGUGAUAUAUCUACUAGCUGUGAUUACGCUGAUAAUACAGCAAAUGAUGCUAGAAUGCCUAACCAAUAUUAUGCCUAUUACAAUGACCAAGGUAUCUGUUAUCCAGAUAAUUUAUCGUCCCAGGAACCAUUGGGUAUGAUGAAUCACUAUUAUAAUUAUUCUAAUAUAAAGACCGAUGGAAUUUCACAAUGGUCGGAUGGAGAUAUCCAAAAUGCAGAUAAAUCAUACAUUGCCAGAGAUUGUGAUGUAAUCUCUAAUGAUACAGUACGCCUCAGCACAGACGGAAUGCUUCGAUCAAAUGUUAAAUUAGAUGGCAUUCUGAAAGGUGAGAAUGUGGUUGACGUUAAAUCCGAAAAGGAUAUGUGUAACAUUUGUCCUCAACAGAUGCAACCCACUUACGGAGGUAUUACUGGAAAUCAAGUGGAUGGAAUGGUGAAUCCUCUGGAUAUACGUGGACAAAAUCUUUCCAUAUCUACCAGAAUGUACACAACUGAUCACUAUGGCUAUACAAACUCAGAACUUGGCGAUGUGAAACAUGAUGAACCCAGUAUGAAUUGCUUUACGGGUGAAAUAAUGCACGAUGAUGUUCCAUUACUACACAGAGGAACUCAGAAUCUAACAUCAAAUAUUGUUAACAACCAUAUUAUUAACGGAGGCUAUCAGCCUUUGCUUGGUAACAUGAUGGGAACUGUCCCAGGCACGAAGGAUUUACUACAUAUGUAUCAUAAAGAUAAACUACACAUGGAGAAUUUUGAUAAUACUUAUAGAGACACUAAUGACUCUAUAAACUAUUACAACAUGUAA